ACCCCACUCUGGCGGGUCUGGCUGCGGGGCAGGCAGGCCGGGGUAGGCCCUCCCCGGCUGAGGGCAGCGGCUGCUCCUCUGUGAGAGUUUUCGGUGACGAUGCUGUAGGAGCGGUGUAAGCUGCUCCUGAGCUGCAGGGAGGCUGUCGUUCCCUUUUUAGGCUUCGAGUUUUGCAAGGGACGAUGGGAUUUGUAGCAGUGUUUCCGAGCUGGUUUUCCCGGUUUAUUCCUGCUGGUUGUGGGUAGUUCUGCUCUUCUAUGGUUUCUGAGUAAGCCUCACAAUGGAGAUAAAAGCAGUUGUCAGGAGAUAUGAAACAAGAAAUAAGACAGCAGGAACAAGACUGUCAUCCAAAUCCCGAGUUGAUUGGAGACGCACUAAGAGGGAGCUCAUUCUGCUUGACAGCAAUGAUGAAUCCUCAUGUGCAUCAGAGGAGGAAGAGCCUACUACAUCAGAAGAUGAAGUAGAUGAAAAAGAUGGAGCUGCUGUGAGGAAUAUCCUUUCAGAUCAGAAAGAGAAACCCCAAAGUGGUGAAGUAACAGAAGAUGGUGAGGAUGAAUGCAUUGUGCCUGGGAAAAGGAAGAGGUUGAACACCUCUGUCUUGUAUGACAGUGAUGAAAGUGAAGACAGUGAUAUACUUGUUAGAAAAGUUUUUGCCAAACGCCACUGUAUAAUGGAUGAAGAUGAGGGUUCUGAAGAACAGCAGCCAGAUAAAACUUGCCCUACAGAAAAUGUUUUUACUAAUAGGAAACAGAAAGUGUUUGCAAAACUGAAAGAACUCGCAAGACAAAGAGCGACUGGGAGAUCCUGCAGCAGUGAAAAUGAUGAGGAUUCUAAUGGUGAAGCAGAAACAGAUGAGGAAUCGCUCUGUCGCUUGUCCCUGACACCAGCAGAAGGUAGUGAAACUGAUGGUGACAGCAUGAAGGAUUUUAUAGUAGAUGAAGAGGAAAAUGAUACAGAGCAUGUAAGGAGUGAAAACCAGCCACAUUGGAAGGAACUGCAUACAUCAGAUAGCGAGUUCCUGGCAUACCACAUCCCACAAUUAUCUCGCUGUGAUCAUUAUAUACACUUCCAAAGAAUCAUAAAGGCUUUCCUCAUAAAUGCAAUUGAUGACACUUUUCUGAGCUCAUUGUAUGAUGGAACAAGACAGAAGAAGUACGCACAAGAUAUGUUGCUCUCCCUUCAUUAUUUGGACGACCGCUUCAUUCAGCCACGUCUGGAGAACUUAAUCUCUAGGAGUCGCUGGAAGGACCGAUACAAGGAACGUGUGGAUUGUUACCCAGAUGUUCGCAUAAUCUUGAAAAAUCCCAAGAACAUAUCUUGUCAGGCCUGUGAAAUGAAUCGGUAUUGUAAGUUUAAUGUGCUGCUCUCUGGAAAGCUUUAUAACAGUAGAACUUUGGAAGCAGAUGACUUCAUGUCAGAUGACAAGCAGGUCUUGAAGGUUGGCACGGUGUGUGCAAACCGUACCAGAAUUUAUCAUAACCUGAAGCACUUCAAAUACAAGUUGUACAUGGACUGCAGCUCUGUGACUGAGUUGGAUGGUGUUGAGGAUGAACCAGUCAAAGACACAGUCGAGCGGCUUUUCAGCCAGUUGGAAGACAGUGGGUGGAUUCAGAAGAGAUACAAUGAUCUUGAAGACUACAUGAAUGAUGCAGACAAUUUCCAAGAAGAGAAAAUGGAUUAAGUGGUCAUACAGCUCUUUGAAAGACAUCUUGUAAAAAAAUGAAUGGCCUACUUUGUCUGCAUGCACUUUACCUCUGCUUGGUCUUCAAGCCUUUUGAGGAUCUGUUCCACUUAAACCCAUAUGCCUUUAAGCUACUGUUUGCAAAUGUGCUGUAUUGUUUUUUCUUAUCUGUUUCAAUAAUAACCUAAAGUUUUACCAAAUAAGUCCUUCUGGUCUUGCUGCAUAGGUCACUUUUAAGUUUCCUUUUGAUCUUAAAAGUAACAUCUCAUCUGUUUAUUUGUGAAAUAAAACUUCCACCUACUUACAUACAUUGGGCUGCAUUGUAGAGACGGUAGGAGAGGCUGAGACCUUUAAUUAGGUGUAUUUGGAGAGCCAAGGCUUAUGUUACACAAGAACAUAUGACUUGCAUCUUGCUUUCCUAUAAGAUAUACUUUCCUUGUUAUU